AGGCAACACCCGCGUUUCAUUAAUGUCAAUUAUUGGGCACACUCAUUGCAACAAUUCAAUCGACACCCUUUCUCCAAUCGCAAAACACACCAGAAGAUCGACCAUGAGAAUUCUUCAAUAAUUGACUUGGUGCUACUCAACCCCUUCACCAUGGGCCCCAAAGCCAAAUCCUCAGACUCAGACUCCAAGAAGAGGAAACCAGGCCAACCCCUAACAGGCCGGGAGCGGAAAAGAGCAAAGGUUCUCGAGGCCCGGCGACUAUCAACUCAGACGUCCGGAAGCGCAUAUGGGAAUGGCGAAAUUGACGUCGCCAAAUUUGUAAAAGCAAGGGAAUAUGAGAUCAAGGCUCUGCAAGAUGGGUUGAAAGACGCGAAGAAGAUGUUGAGCUCCCGAGCGUUCCAGGAGGUGCCUCGAACAAUGCGGAGGAGGACGGCGAGCCAUAAUCCGAAUAGGGUCCCGAAGAAACUCCGCCCCCGCGCAAAGCGAGAGAUGGCCGAUGACAAUACUCCCGUGGUCACACGGAAGUCUCGAAAGCUAACUGGAGAGAAACGAUUGCGUCUGGAGACGGUCAAGCGACUCCAGAAGCUCAGCGCCCGCUCUAGGACUCGGAAAGAACGGAAGGCGCUGGCCAAAUUAGAGUCCGGCGGCAAGAUCAAAGUCACGAAGCUCGGCGCUACCGAAAUGGCUGUCCCUCCAGCGGAAUCGCCAGUUAAGACAAGAAAAGCACGCGUCAAGAAAUUUGUGCUGAAGAUGCCGGAUCUACCCCCAGCCAAAUUCCGAAAGCGGCAGAAGAACAAAACGUGGCUGCCGACCCAUCUAUACCAUUCCAAAAGAGCACGGAUGACGCCUUCGCUGGAGCCGCUGUGGAGGUUUGCGAUCCCGUUGACGCCUUCGGAGAAAUGUUAUCGGGUGACGCAUCGUGCUACGACGCAGAAAGGGGGUGUGGCAUGGGAUAUGAGCUACAUGAGCACGAUCAGCAUUGAAGGUGUCGAGAAGAGUAUUAAAGGACUAUUGAAGGGGUUAGGGGUUGCCAUUGAUGAUGACGAAAGCAACACCGAGAACAGCCCCAAUGGAAGCACAUCCGAAUGGCUUCAUGGCACCCGUAUCUGGCAAGGUUGGGUUUAUGAACGAGAUUCAGAUCCCAAAGAAGCGAUUGCACCCGUUACGAUAAUUUGGCGGAGUCUACACCAAUCUACACCCACCGGAAUGGACGUGGACACGGCGGAGAAGUCAAACAAGAAGCGACAAAUCUUCAUCCGAAUACAUCCCUCCGCAUUCCUCCAACUUUGGACGCAAGUUGUCCGUCUUGCCAAGGUCCAAAAACCUUCCCUGUCUGUCGAAGAUGUCCGAUAUGAAAUCGGCAGCAUCGAAGUUACCGGGUCGGCCUCGCUAGAGGCGAUCAUUGGGACUUUAAGACCCGACCAGGAGGGUUCACUAUCUACGGAUGUCAAGGCCUCCUUGAUCAGGUUAGCAAGGAACAAGCCAGAACCGGUGCCCGUCAACGCGCUUCUUGCCUUCGAUAUCCACGACCCGAGGCUCGUUUAUCCUCCCAAACAACUCGCAGAAAUCGAUAACGGCAAGAACAAACCAGCCCGUCAGGAACCCCCCUGGCUCGCCGGCAAAAUGCAGCCAUCCCCAAACCUAUUCGACAGACAAGCCCGCCGCGUUGCGUCGAAUUCAAUCCUCCCCCAAUCCGCCAUCGACCGACGAAAAUCCCUCGCCGAGCCCGGAAACCCCCUCGAACCCCUCCCAACCGACCACCCCAUCCCGAUCAUCAUGUACCUCUCCUCCCCUACCUUCUCCGGUCGCCCCACCUGGACCCUCAUCCUCCCCUGGCGCCAUGUCUCCCCCAUCUGGCGUAGCCUCCUGCACUACCCGCUCCGCACGGGCGGCACCCUCCGCCUCGGCGGCCUGGACGAAAAGCGCCAGAUGCAUUUCGAACGCCACGAGCCGUGGUUCCCCGGCGACUUUCCCGGGACGCAGGCAGGGCGAGCGUGGGAGAUGUUGGAGCGGCAGAAGCGGCGGAGGGAGUGGGAAAGGCGACCGAAGGGGAAGCGGACGGAGUAUGGGAGUUUGGAGUUGGGGUAUGGGAGGAGGGGGGAGCUGGGGGAGGGGUGGGCGUGUGAUUGGGAGUAUUUGGUGGGAGGUGGGGAGCAGGAGGGGGAAGACUCGUUGACGGGGGCGAGAUAUCGCUAUGUGGAUUCUUCACUGGCAUCAGCGGUGGCGGCUGAGACGAUAGCACUCCCUGAUACCCAAACAAAUGCGAUCGCCAUUGUGCGGUUCACGAUGGUCAAUAAGGGCGUCCCAUUGCCCUGCGCGAGGGUCUACCGUCUCCCUUCCAAGGACGCGGAUCUUCGUCAGGCAUGGCUUGGACUUGCGAAGGCGCCGAAGCCUAUGAAACCCUUCAAAGAUCAAUCUAGUCCAUACUCCUACGUGGAGGGUGACACUCCAAAUCCAACGGGCCCAAAGCCGGGCGACCCGCGGUAUCCGAAGGUGCCGGGUGAGGAGGACUUCAUUGGCUUUGUCACGACGGGGAAUAUGAAUCUGGCGGAGGGGCUUGGUACUGGAGUCGGAGGACUAUUGCUUCGGAAACUCGUCCGCAGCCCGGCCGCGGAUGGUGAGGCACAGCACGGCGAUGGUUCGAAGGGGCAACAACUGUGUAUUGUUCGGACGGCGGGGGAGAGGUUUGGGAGGCUUGCAAGGUGGGAUUUUGUAUAGUAGUAGCUAGUCUCUAAGUUUAUAGCU